AUGUGGCGUGCGAUUGGGAAAGGAAGAAUUCCGUGUCAUGAAGAUGUCACAGGUGACAUUCCGGGCUGGUGUCAAGCCGACGUAUAUAAGGACGGCUCCUUGUCAUCUCGUAUGUCUCCAACAUCAGCAGAGGUAAGCAUCGUUGCAGAUCAUCAAUGUCCUGACGGAUGGACCCAGCUGGACGAUCGUUGUUUCAUCUUCAAAAACAUGGAGAAGACAUUUACAGAGGCAGAGACAAUCUGCAUAAACGUUGGCGGGAAUCUGGUCUCCAUCCACAGCGAGCUAGAAAAUGAAGUUGUCAAACAACUGAUUAAGGCAGCGAAUGCUAAUUUCGUGGACGCCUGGAUCGGACUCCACGAUGCAGUCCGGGAGGGUGACAUGAUGUGGACCGAUGGUUUUAACAAAGACUAUGAGGACUUUGGAAGUGGCGAGCCUUCUGGUGCGGACUGCGUUAAGAUAAAAUCGUCUGAUAAACAGUGGCAUGAUACUUCAUGCACAGAGGAGAAUGCAUUUGUUUGUUGCAAAAAGGUGGACUAAAAGGUGGACGAUCUUCGCCGUCAAAUCUCCAACUUUCU